AUGAACGGGGAGCCAGCACAGCUUGACCUGAGUGAUACCACGACCUCUCCUCGCCACCCAACUAGAACCACGCCCGAGCGUACGGCGCGUAGCGUUCCGCGCGCGCCUCAAAGAGCCAAUAGACCACCACAGUCGAGGACCUAUAGGGCUGAUGUUCAGCCGGGGUUGCGGCACCGCGCGCAACGAGGCACCGCGACCUCGGCCCAGGGCAGGAGAAGGAACAGGGGGGUUUUUAGUCAUUCAAAAAUGAGUCCCACUCUGACUCUGUUCUGCAUCUUCUUCUACGCUCUUCUGUCUCCUCUGCAAUGCGGCACUUCAUCAAGCGCGGAUGAUGACAGAAGAUGGCUGGUAUCUCUGGUUGACCUUGUGGAGUUGGACUAUGUAGACCAUUGUGAACAGAGAGCCAACGCUGCGUGGAAUGAGCUCACUGGAAAUAGCAAAGGAUUGGCUUCAAAGUUGGAGCGCGACAAGACGUUCGGCAUGUUCGUCUGUCAGCAAACGACUGACAUAAAAAGCGCUCUCACCGCGCAUGCGCUCUCCGCCGACGACCACGUGCUCCGGCGCAAGGUGAAGCUGUUGUUACAACCUGGAGAUACUCUGCUUGAUACUGAGCAGUGGAUAAGGCUCGUCACUUUCGGUGACAACGCGCAACACAAAAUAAGGUUCGCCACAAACUACGAUUGUGGGACCGCCACCAAUUGUACGCUUAAAGAACUUCAUUACUAUAUGGCACGCCAACAAGACGAGGAGACCUUGCAUCGUAUGAAACAGUCGUGGGAGAGGAACUUACCAGACAUCAACGAUUAUUUGGAGCACAUUUUGCCAUUACUGAGGAAUGCUUCCAAGAAAAACAACUACAACUCCGUUGAAGAAUACUGGGACGCCCUCGGCGAGUAUGAAGGCGCCAUAUUAAAAGCAAGAGAAUUGUGGGAAAACGUCAAACCACUGUAUUUGAAACUUCACAAAUAUAUUGCCCUUAGGUUAAAGGGCUCUGAUGCUGUCGGCAAGCCUUUACCAGUACACCUACUGAGAUCAUUAACGGGAGACGACUGGUCUAACCUCAUAGAAAGUCUUCUACCGAAACAUGCUGGUAUUUAUCAAAAAGUACACGCGAAUCUUCAGUUAAAGAAUUUGGGUGGAGUAGAAGCGUUCAAACAAGCAGCAAAACUCAUCAAAGCGCUAAACUUAGGCGACGCAGACCCAGAUAUUUGGACUGAAUCAGUCUUCAAUAGUACUUGCCCACCAACACUGGUCGACUGGUGUAAGCCAAACAAAGUUAGAGCAAUAACUUGUAAAGAUGUCAGCAUUGCCAACUACAUAGAAGCUCACGAAGCUGUCAUGAAAAUCGUCUACAAGCAGACUAUUAAUUUACACAGCAACAACACUUACAUCUUAAGAGAAGCGUCUCGCUAUUCUGCUGUGUAUGAAGCUAUUCCUGGUUUUGUGUCGCUACUCUCAGUGAACCCUCACGCGCUUAGUAAAGCGGGUCUAUUCCCAGUGGAAACUUUUAACUAUAACGCUAAUCAUCAUCGUCUGGUCUUACAACUAAUUAUGGCUCUGAGAGAUUUACCGAAGCUAAACUUCUACUUGGCAGCUGACGAAUGGAGGAUAAAAGUUUUAAUGGGCGCGAUACCGUACGCCAAAAUACCAAGUAGUUGGAGCGAUUUCCGUAAAAAUUUCUCCAACAUAGAAACUGCGGACAGUGAUUUCCUCGGAGACCCAUACAUGAUGUUUAAUAAACCUUUUAUUGGAAAAUUUAUGGGCUUGAUUCUAAAGUACCAAAUCUAUCAAUCUUUUGCUGAAGAACUUAUAUCGGAUGAUUCGGAUUUAAUAAAACACGUUGCUGAGAACAAUGAACGAUUGAUAGACGCAAUGAUGCAAGGUUACGGGACCGUCUGGCCAGAGAUGGUUAGCGAUCUGCUAGCUAAGCGUGAAUACGGCCUAGAAUACACAGGAUUGACGGACUACUACAAAUUCUUAGAUGAAUACCUAGACAACCAGUUAGAGCCGUCAACGGACACCAGUACUUCCGACGAUUAUGUCGAACCAGUCGAGCCUGAACCUGUGCCAGAAGAAAAUGAAAUACCAUCAUCAGCCGAAAACCAAGAAAACAAGAAUGUAGAUAAAGUAGAAACCCACGAAGAUAUUGUAGAUAACGUAAUCGAUACAGGUGAUGAAUCAAAUUCUAAGUUUGGCGUCGAAACGUCCACAGUAGGAGUUUUGGAAAUAAAGAAUCCUGUUGCACCUGGGGACCAAAAAGAGGAGAAUACGAAAGAGGCUUCGUAUAGCACGUAUUGGUGGAUAGGAAUAGCGGUAGCCCUGGCGGUGGUUGUGAUAUUAAUAGCAAUAAUUGCGAGAAAACGCCACAGCCAUAGAAAACAGCUGGAGAGGCAGCGGAAAAACAACUCGCAUGCCUGA